CUUUCUUUCCUCCACCAAUUAACGCGUUCCAGUCCGACACCCAAGAAAAGAAUAUAAAUCACUGUCGGCACGGCAUAUUUCCAUAUUCUCUCUGUAUUCUUCUUUUUCUUUUUAUUAUUCACCUUCUUCUUCUUCUUCUUAUUAAUUACUUCUUAAUUACUUCUUCUUCCGAUUCCGUUUAGCGUUUGGGUUCCGAUCAAGAAGAGACAGAGAGAUGGAUUCGGAACAACGCCGCAAGCGAAAGCGUAUGGGCCGGCCGUACUCGCAGGGACACUACUUGUCGCUUAGAUCUUUCGUUCUUUGCUUGUCCUUCUUUGUCUUCCUAGCCUUCUUGUCCUCCGAUCGCUUCUCGAUUGGCUCCGUGUCGUUUAGACCGGUUCUCAGAUCCUCCUCCACCUUAACCCUCUUGUCCUUGUCGCCCAGCAGUUCCGUUCUUGACUCUUUCCACAACAAAUUCUUGCCCCUGAGAGUAGAGGAUAGGGUUUUGUUUCCCGAUCACCUGAUGCUACUGGUGUCUAAUAAACUCCAUGAAAGCGAAGGGUUGGAGUGCGUUUACUCCACAUUCUUGAACGGUUCCGGCGAGCUUCUUCAAGAUAAGAGGAGCCAAGAAUUGGGUAUUCGACCCGUGCUGUCCACUGAACCGUACGAUGCGCUUCGGUCGAUUGUGAAGUGUCCGCUGCCGCCGUUGAAUUACUCGAACGCCGCCGUAGAUCUGCGGAGGCUUCGGAGCGGCGAGGUGGGCCAUUAUAAGUGGUCCGUUGGGGCUAACCAGACGGUGUAUUGGUGGGAGAAGUUGGCUUACGAGGCGGUUUUGGACGGAGAUACGGUGGCUGUGUUCGUCAAGGGAUUAAAUCUUCGGCCGCAUAAGAAAUCGGAUCCGACCCAAUUUAGAUGCCAUUUUGGGUUUGGGAAAUGGGGGAGCGAUGAAGGGAUUGUGCUCAAAACUCGAGCUGUUUCGGCUGCACAGGAAGUUGUUCGGUGCCUGUUGCCUCGGAGCAUUAGGAACAACACGGAGAGGGCUCAGGGACUUAGGGUAACCAUUAGUCGUGCCAAUGCCAGAGCUCAUGUUCACGAGCCUAUGCCUUCUGUGGCCAGAAUUCACGACACCAAGUUUGAGGGGAACAAGCAAAAUCGGAGCAAGUAUGAGCUGUGUGUGUGUAGCAUGGUAUGGAACCAAGCGCCAGCGCUGCGAGAGUGGAUUAUGUACCACGCCUGGCUAGGUGUCGAACGCUGGUUCAUCUAUGACAACAACAGCGAUGAUGGCAUUGACGAGGUGAUUAAAGAGCUCGACUCUCAAAACUACAAUGUCAGUAGGCAGAGCUGGCCGUGGAUUAAAACCCAAGAGGCUGGUUUUUCACAUUGUGCAUUGAGAGCAAGAAAUGAAUGCAAGUGGGUGGGAUUCUUUGAUGUUGAUGAAUUCUACUACUUCCCUCGUUCGUUUCGUCACCCAAAAGGAGAUGGUCUUCCUGGUCAGAAUUCGCUCAAGUCCAUGGUUGCCCGUUUUUCGUCUUCCACUUCCAUCGCAGAGAUCAGAACAGCUUGCCACAGCUUUGGGCCAUCUGGGUUGAGUUCACCUCCAGUACAGGGGGUAACCGUUGGGUACACUUGCCGGCUGCAAAGUCCUGAGCGGCACAAAUCUAUUGUGCGUCCAGAUUUGCUCGACACUUCUCUUCUCAAUGUGGUGCAUCACUUUCAUCUUAGGGAAGGAUUCAGGUACUUGAAUAUGCUAGAAAGCACUGCCGUUUUAAACCACUACAAAUACCAGGUGUGGGAGACAUUUAAAGCCAAGUUCUUCAGAAGGGUUGCCACCUACGUCGUUGACUGGCGGGAGGAUCAAAAUAAGGGCUCAAAAGAUAGAGCACCUGGGUUAGGGACUGAAGCCAUUGAGCCGCUGAAUUGGAAGUUACGCUUCUGCGAGGUUUGGGAUACUGGCCUGAGGGACUUCAUUUCGGCCUAUCUUGUUGACCCUCUUACCGGUUUGCUGCCUUGGGAGAGUUCUUCUCAGUAACACGGAUACAUAAUCAAGGUGCUUUCAGCUUAGCUCCCCGUGUGUAGACAGACAUAUACGAGAGCCGCCACUGAUUCUUUUCAUUGUUUUGGCCUUCUGUUCACUGAUUUUUUGUAUUUUUAUACAUGCCACGAAUUUAUUAUAGGGAUCACACACAUGUAAAUUUGUGACAAACAUGAAAUGAAAGUUUUUUCCUUUUUUGUCUCUAA